ACGGCACAGCCCACAUCGAAUACGAAGUUACGAACUCGCGUUUCUUUGGUAAUUGAUCACUAGCUACUCAAUUACAAGAAAAAAAGCAAUUUUCCCGAGAAAAAAAAAAAGUUGUAAGGAGGUGCAAACGGAGAUGCCUCAAAUUUCAGCUACGAGAUCUCUGCGAUUCCCUAUCUUCUUCAUCUUCACCAUUUUUCUGCUAUUCGCUUCAGGGUUUGCUGAUGACCCAUCAAGUACGAAAGAUUCGAAGAAUGCUGUGAAUCAUGAUUCUUCAAGUAGCACUGUGGGACUAAGGGUACUCAUUAUAGGCCUAGGUCUGGUGGCUGUUGUUGCGUUUUCUGUUUUCCUGUUCAAAAUAUGGCAAAAGAAGAAGAGAGAAGAGCAGCAUGCUCGUCUUCUAAAGUUGUUUGAAGAUGAUGAUGAGCUUGAGGUUGAGCUUGGCAUUCGCGAUUGAGAUUCAUUGUCAUUCAUACGUUGGGUGAAAUUGAGUUAAGGGCUGUUUGCUGUUUGUGAUUGUUCGUUGCGUUGCGGAAACGUAUUUGAGGUUAUGCAUCAUUGCAUUUGUUUGCUGGUUGUGAUUGUUGCUUUGAGGUAAUGCAUGGUUUACGUUUGGGUAAUAAUUAAUCAUGGCGCAGGUUUAGCAUCCUUUCUCAAAUUGUGCUUUUUGGAAUGGCUUAUGAAGACAGUCAAGAAUGCACGAUGAGGUUUACGCAGCAACAGCCUUUUUAUCACAUUUCCCAAGUAUCUGCUGAUCCCUCUAUAUAUAUAUGGUAUAUAUAAGGUAAAAGAUAUAGGCAUUUAUUAAGGUUUGAUAAAAAGAUACUCGCAUGAUUUCAAAAAUUUUAUAUAUUUAUAUAACUUACUUGAGAUUUCAAGAAUUUCACGGACCUAUUUUUAAGAUUUGCUAAAAAGACCAACUUUCUCAUAUAUUUUACAAAAAGACAUGCCGUGUCUUUUUGAUAAACUUUAGGAGAAGUUUACAGCAUAUGAAACUUUAGAAAAUAUCAAUGAAAAUUUUAAAACCUCAAAGAAGGUCCCUAUCUUUUGCCAAACUUGAGGGAAAGUGUCUUUUGCCCAUAUAUAAUAAUAAUAAUAAUAAUAAUAAUAAUAAUUCUCCAAUUAAAAUAUUUUCUAUUUGGAUUUUUCUUUAUUCCCAAGUAUUUUCCAUAUGAGAAGUUAAUUGAUUCCUUGGUAAGGGAUCGGUUUGUAGCCGCUUUUUAGCAUCUACAACCCUUUUUCGUCCCCCUUUUGUUUGUUUGUGUUUUUGUUUUUUGUGGUGAAGGUAAAUACUAUCUUCAUUAUUUUGUGUAUAUUUGAGUGCCUUGUGUUGAAUUUGAAUUUGUAUUGGAUUUGGAUGAGUUGUACUAUAAAAUUUUAUUGAAAUUCACCUAAAUCUAAAUUUAAGGCUUGAAAUUCAUAUGCUC